AUGAUGAACUGCGUCCGCAGCCGUGUCGCGGCUUUCUCUACCGCCUGGACCCCUCGGGUCGUCGCCCGGGCCAGCUACUCGACCACUGUCCCUCGUCUCAGCGAAAACACCCUGCACGCCAACGACCCGACCCCCUCCAAGCCCGUCCCGAACGUGUCGGCCACCAAUGCCACUCCCGUCGACUCGAUGGGCGCAUGGGACAAGCCCCUGCAGGAGACCCCCGAGAUUGCGGAGCGCACCCGCAAGCUCCAGGCUCCCAACCGGGCCACCACCUGGGCUGCCAGCCAGCAACCCAGAGAGAAGGCCAUGGUCGGCCCUCGAUUCGAGCAGACGAUAAUGGAGAUGCAGCCCCAACCUUAUGCCGCCAUUGAGCUCAUCCACAAGCAGCCUGUGCGCUGGACGAAGAAGCGGGUUGUUGAGUGUGAUGGCGGCGGCGGUCCUCUCGGUCACCCCCGGAUCUUCAUCAACACCGACAAGCCCGAGAUUGCUACCUGCAACUACUGCGGCAUUCCCUUCGCCCACGAGCAGCACCGCGCAUACCUCAAGUCCCUCCCCGCCACCAGCUACCCCCUCGAGCCCACUGGUGAUGCCGCCGAGGUGAACGAGAGCCAGCGUGUGACUGAUAGUGCUUUCGAGCAGCGGUAA